AUGGGAGUGAUAUUGGACUCAUGGUGCUUUUGCAAAGGAGUAGGCAAAAGCGAGAAGAUGAAAGGUUCCAUUUUCUCCGGCAAAGCUCCGUCCAUGGCUCGAAUCUCCGUCUCCGGACCCAAUGGUGUUACUUCCGGUACCGGAUUCCUCAUUCACCGGAAUCUUCUCCUCACCACUCACCUCAAUCUCCCUUCCAUCUCCGCCACCGAAACCGCCGAGGUCCGCCUCCAGAACGGUCUCUCCGCCGCUCUCUUCCCUCACAGGUUCUUCAUCACAAGUUCGGUUAUUGAUCUAACCAUAGUUGGUUUAGACCUUGUUGAUGGAGACUCAACUUCUCAGGCUCAAACCCAACAGCCACAUUAUCUAAAGACAUGUUCCAAACCAAACCUGGAUCUUGGAAGCGUAGUGUACCUCUUAGGCUACGCCUCUCAGAACGAGCUCAAGAUCGGCGAGGGGAAGUUAGUGGUAGCUACAGACAAUCUCAUCAAACUCUCCACCGAUGACAUGUCAUGGAGUCCUGGAUCUGCUGGAUUCGAUGUUCAAGGGAAUCUCGCAUUCAUGAUCUGCGAUCCCAGGAAGCUAGCCACGUCACCAGCGUCAACCUCCACAUCUUCCUCUUCGUCACUGAAGAGAGAUAACAACAACAAGGCACUGAUGAUGCAGUUUGGUAUACCGAUGCCAGUGAUCUGCGACUGGCUGAAUCAGCAUUGGGAAGGUGGUUUGGAUGAGCACACGACGACGAAACCGAAGCUGCCUCUCAUUCGGUUAAUGUCUUCCGGUCAGAAGAGCGAGCGUUCUUGUCCUUCUUUCACCAUGCGGAGUGUUUUCAAGCCAACCGACUCUGCUGACGUUGGAACAACACCAUCUUCACCCAACACUAGAGAUCAAAGCUCUUCCAUCGCCGCCGCUGAGGAAGAAGAAACCUCCAAAAACAAUCCUACUCAUGCACAGGGAAUCCCAACGCCUGAGAUAUAUGAAUCUCCAAAGCUAACUUCAGGUCCUUUGAGAAAAGAAGCAGCUCAAGUACAUCUUUUGGAUAUCAACUUCCCUCCACGAAUACCUAAAGUUACAUCACUUCUUCCUCAGCUCAACUCUCAGGUGGUGGAAGAGGCUGAGAUUGCUUCCGAGGGAUCAGAUGCGCAGAUUGCUUCAACAGGCUCGGUCAACGGUGCUCUCAGCGAGGUUAUCUCAAGCUCGCCGCCACCAGAAGCUCAUCACUAUGUAUAUAACAACCAAUAUCAUGGAUACAGCAGCGAGGAAGAGACAAUGUACUCUGCUGAAACAGCUGAGAGCAGAAACUACCCAACUCCUCCGAGGAAAAGCGAGUUUCAUCACGAGAGAGUUGGGAGGAGCCAGAGCUGUGUGAGCUCCAGUAGAUGGGGGACACCUCAGAAGAGUCUGAGCGGUAGAAGAGAAAUGCUGGAGAAACAGAGAAGCUUUGUUCAUGGGAAGAAGAUGAUGAUGCACUCACAAGGAGCAACCUCGCAGAGGAGUAAUGACUAUUACAGCCCAACGGUCUCAUCAACCAUGAAGAAGAGGAAUAAUAGUUCAGAGAAACCGGUUUUUAAACCUGUGCCUAGACCUAAAGCUGUUAGUUCUUCUCCGAGAUGGAUGUUCUGA